AUGGCCCAAUUCCAGAUCCCAGUCGACCUCAUCACCUCUCGCUUCGGCGACCGCUUCCAGAGCCUACGCUCCACGUCAAUGAGCUCGCGCUUCGCCAACCUUAAGCCCAUCUCUGAGUUCCUCGACGUCAAGCGUAUCUCCAAGCCAGCAGACUUCAGCGAAGUGCAGAGCCGUGUCAACUACAACCUGUCCUACUUCUCUAGCAACUACUUCGUCGUCUUCCUUAUGCUGAGCAUCUACGGUCUCCUUACGAACCCCAUUCUCCUGUUUGUCAUUGUCUUGGUUGCCGGUGGUAUGUACGGAAUUGGCAAACUCGACGGUCGCGAUCUUGACGUCGGAUUCCUUCGCGCAAGUACCUCUCAGUUGUACACAGCCUUGCUCAUCAUUGCUGUUCCUCUCGGUCUCUGGGCAUCUCCCAUCUCGUUCGCCCUCUGGUUGAUUGGUGCUACUGGCGUGACUACUCUCGGUCACGCCGCUUUUAUGGAAAAACCUAUCGAGAAUGCUUUUUCCGAGGAGGCGGUCUAG